UCUUCUGGAUUAUUCUAUGCAAGAGAGCCAAAAUCAAAGCCCGAGACCCCGCUUCUUCCUCCUCAAAUUCCCGCUUCAGUUUUCCCCCAAAACCAAAAUCAAAUUGCCCUAGAAUUGAAUCGCAGAUCAAGCGAAGAUGUUCGGCGUCGUCUUCCCCAACCGCAGUUUCCCCCUCGACAUCUCCACCUUCUCACAAAUCGACACCACCCACUGGCUCCUCGAUAUGAACCACUUCGUCGGCGAAUCCUACGAUUCCAUCCGCGAAGUCUGCAUCUUCCUGCUCAACAACUUCACCCUGCCUCCUGACAAGGCCCUCGCCGUCUACAUCCAGUCUCCAGGCAGCCCCUUCCUCUUCUGCGGCGCCGUCACCCCUUCCCGCCCCUCCGCCGUGCUCUCCCUCCCCUGGCCUGACCCCGGCAACGCCGGCGUCCCCCAGCUGACCGCCGACUCCACGCCCCUCUCUGCCAAAAUUGGGGUUUCCGUCGAGGACCUAGCUACGCUUCCGUCGCUAGACGUCGCCGCCGAGAGGAAAAUCGAGCGGCUGGCUCUCAAGGUCGGCGAGAAUCUAUUCAAUUUUAUGCAGUCAUUUUGUGCCGUUGAUGGCUCGAAGCUGAUUGUGCCCACCGACAUCUUGGACCGCUGGUUUAAGAAGUUUCAGGAACGCGCCAAGCGUGAUCCAGAAUAUUUGAAAGGCUUUGCCUUGUAGAGUUUUAGCUGCAGUCGUGCUUGAAGGCAGCCAUGUUGAAGCUUGGCUCGCGAGGGACUGUCAAAGGCCUGGUCGAUCUGUUUGAUCGGUCGAUGAAACCUUGUUAGGUCUUUGCUAAUGAUAGUAUUGAUUCUGCAGUUUAUAGAUAUGGGUUACCGUUGAGGUGAGAAUGGUUUGUCGAAGAGUGGCAUUAGCUGUGCUCGAGGAACCAUCUCACGUCUCAGCAUUCGGACCUCCUCCUCCUCGAUCACCUACCACAAGUCGGUUCCUUUUGUUGUAAUGAACUAGAUUGACAAAUUAUAUAUGAAUGUUUAUGGUUUUUAUACUUAA